AGCAAUCCAAGUGAGGGUGGUUUGUUAUUGUUUUUUUCUGAGAGUUUUUCCGCAUAUUUCUGUGAUUUUCUCCGAUAAAAACCAAAGAUAAAAGUGUGAAAAGUAGUGAAAAAACCUCUUGAAGCCUGAAACUUGUCAAUCAAUGUGAAAACCCAGUUUAUUGGCUAGAAAAAGUACUCAUCGGGAGAUAAGGAAAAUUCAAGUCCCUACCACGUCCACAUGUGAGAGAGUGUAAUUUUGUUACGUGUCAGAAUGUAGAGCAAAUUGUUCCUUGAGAACGAGCCCAGUUUUUAGUCAUAAAAUACUUCUUGCGUGAACUUGAGUGAUUUCUUGGGCUUCUUCGGUGGAAAAUUUCUCAGUGCAUGGUGGAGGAAGAAUGUCUGGUGAAAGGGUAAGUUGCUACUGACCGCAUUUUCUCUGUGGAAUUUACCAAAUUGCGUGGCUCGGAGAUUUACCUCAUACACGAGACGUUUUUUUUCACUCGCAAAAUCUUAUCUCAACGGAAAUACCGAUAAGGCAAAAUUCUCUGAACUGUAAGACCAUCGACUUGGAGGAGGUGAUUGAGGAAGUGGAUCACUGGUUAAAAUCAAGAGUGAUUCGAUAAAGUUCACUGGACCGGAUUGGCUAGAAAGUUGCUCGCGAACUGGUUUCCAGCCACAACAACUUUGAGCCAUUCCAAGGUCUGCAAUCUCCUCCACGUCUUGCUUUUCUGACAGUUUCGUUUUGGCUGCACUCAAGAGUAGACUCACUCAUGGUUCACUUGGACGAACUUACGCUCUAUGAGCCCAAGUUGCUCCAUGAGCUGCAAUUCUGGCAGUCUCCAGCUAAAUUCAAUCCUCCCAUCACAGCUGUGGCUCCCGGCGAGACAUGGAUGAAAGUUAGACCACUGCAGGAGGGUGACUAUGACAGGGGUUUCCUGGAGCUACUGUCACAGCUGACGAAAGUUGGCAAUGUGUCCAAGGCACAAUUCCUCAUGCAGUUUGCUCAGAUGCGAGCCAGUGGCGGAUACUAUGUCACGGUUAUUGAGGAUACCCGGAUUAAUAAGAUCAUUGGAAGUGCCACUUUGGUGCUGGAGCACAAAUUCAUUCAUGGAUGCUCAGUGAGAGGAAGACUGGAAGAUGUUGUAGUCAACAAUACUUACCGAGGGAAACAACUUGGCAAAUUAAUUGUGGUGACUGUGACUCUUCUGGCGAAGCAUUUGGGUUGUUACAAGAUGUCUCUGGACUGUAAGGACAAUCUUAUACCUUUCUACGAAUCCCUGGGCUAUGUCCUCGAACCAGGUAACUCAAAUGCCAUGAAUAUCCGUUAUGAUGGUCAGAAGGAGACGACAGUGCGAAAUCGUCCUACGGCAUCGGUUAUCCUGGCUAAUGCCACAAAUCCCGUGGAUCCAUCCUGACAAUUAGCCCCCGGAGCUGCUAAUGCCAAGGUCAGGUCUAAGCUGUAGGACCUCUUUUGCGCAUUCUGUACCAAUUUAGCAGUCUCUGGUAGAUUAACAAGUUGAGAUUCUCAUUGUACUUUUUGAUUUUUUUUAGCUUUGAUUUUUCUUUCGCUGAUUCUCACAAUUUUAGAAAGAAUAAUUUUCCGUUUUUUUUUGACUAAAAAAUAAAUAAAUUAAACAACGGUGGUGGAUUUAUUUAGUUUAUGUGAGUGUAUUUGAAUCACAUAAAGUAUAAAAUAAAAUUAAUCAGUUUACACUUUUACAACAAAU